AUGAAGUGUGUAGAUUUCCCCAAUGGCUGGAAUCGUUUGAUUCGGGAAAAGAAAUCUAGGGAGUCCGUGGAGUGUGGUGGUGGCGUGAUGAUGGUCGAUAGUAGCCACAGCACCAUCAAUCCACCACCCCACCAAGGCGUCAGUACUCAGCAACAGGCUCUCCAAAUUACCAAGUCACCAAUUACAACAACAGCACCAACAACUGUGCUCUCUUCCUCACCUCCAGCUGAUAGUUCAGUCACUGUAGCAUCAACAUCUACGGCGCCAAAACCUGCUGAAGAAACAUCCGUUACCACUAGUGGCCGGUCUCGUUGGUUGAAAUUACGUACCACCGUCCAGCUAUCCUCAGCAAUCACACAGGUGUCCAAAAAGCCUCCUCUGAAGCGAGAAGAUUCAUUCCUGAAGCGGUUUUCAACCCGUCCUGUACCAGAUCAGAACUCCGCAGAAGGCUCUUCCCGGCUAGCAGGUGAAGGAAUCAUGAAAAGCCACUUCCUCGGGGUCUGGCGGUCAGUCGUCAAUCCGGAUGAAAACAUUCUCUUUUACUGGCUCUCCUUGCUUACUAUCUGUCUUUUGUACAAUGCUUGGACCAUCAUAGUACGACAAGCUUUUCCAGAACUUCAACAAGGUUGGUCCACAAUGUGGUACUGCUUUGAUGCCUUCUCAGACGCUGUUUUUAUAUUAGACAUAGCCUUCCAGUUCCGAACAGGGUAUUUAGAACAGGGCUUGAUGGUAUGUGAGAGUAAAAAAUUGGCGUGUCAUUACAUCAAAUCUAAGAGCUUCAUUCUCGAUAUUGCAGCCAUCACACCUGUGGAUUUAGUACAACUUCAAUUCGGUACUAUACCGAUUCUUAGAUUUCCUAGAUUUCUGAAGCUGUACAGAUCUUUUCGUUUGUAUUAUAUGGUGGAAUCACGCACCAUCUAUCCUAAUUUAUGGCGGGUGGUAAACUUGAUUCACAUUCUCCUGCUUCUCGCACAUUGGUUUGGCUGCUUUUACUAUCUGCUGUCAGAGUUAGAGGAUUUCGUAGGAGAAUGGUCCUACCGUAAACCUGUCGAUGAUUAUGCUACACUAUCAAGGAAGUACUUGGGAUCUGUCUAUUGGUCCACCCUAACUCUUACUACCAUCGGGGAUCUGGCAACACCUGCUACUAAUUUACAAUACAUGUUCACUAUCGUAAGCUACCUCAUUGGCGUCUUCAUUUUUGCUACUAUAGUAGGUCAAGUUGGAACAGUGAUAACAAACAGAAACGCAAGCCGUUUGGAAUUUGAACGACUUUUGGAUGGAGCUAAGCUUUACAUGCGUCACCAUAAAGUACCAAGAAACAUGCAACGCAGAGUUCAAAGAUGGUACGACUAUUCAUGGUCAAGGGGUCGCAUGCAAGGCGGUGGCGAUAUCAACUCGGCACUAGGAAUCCUACCCGAUAAACUGAAGACAGAACUCGCCUUGCACGUCAAUCUCAAGACACUUAAGAAGGUUAGUAUUUUCCAGGAAUGUCAGCCAGAAUUUUUACAUGACUUGGUGCUCAAGAUGAGGGCUUACAUCUUCACCCCGGGGGAUCUCAUUUGUCGGAAAGGAGAAGUGGCCAGAGAAAUGUUCAUCAUUGCAGAUGGUAUAUUAGAAGUCAUCAGUGAAACUGGAAAAGUUCUAACCCAAAUGAAAGCAGGAGACUUUUUUGGAGAAAUUGGUAUUCUGAAUUUAGAUGGCUUUAAUAGGCGCACAGCGGAUGUUCGAUCAGUUGGCUACUCAGAACUAUUCAGUUUAUCAAGAGAAGAUAUACUUGCUGCAAUGAAAGAUUAUCCUGAAGCUCAGGAUAUAUUGCAAACAAUGGGACGUAAACGUUUGAUGGAAGCACGCUUAGCAGCUACUAUCAAUAGAACUGGCAACCCGAACGAACCCAUUUUACCUACUUCCCUACAAGAACAAGCAGAAUUAUCUGAGUCACCUAAAGCCCGAUCUACGGUUACUAAGCUCAAAGAUGUUCGCAGUCUGAAAAAUCUUCUCAGAACUCGAUCAACUGCAACGGGAAAUGAAAGUGACUCUGCUGAGACAAUUGAACUGAAACCCCUGACCACAAGCGAAACAGAAAAUUUAAAUUUGAGAUCAGACGGUACGACCGCCAGACGGAGAAAUGUGUCAUUUAAGACUUUUAUUCAGAAAAUACAGUUCAAGCGAGAAGACUCCUCAACAAGCGUAAAAACUUUCAGCGAGAAGCUAAGCAGCUUCCGCAAAACAGAGAAAAGCUACGUUGAAUCCUCAUCAGUCUCAACAGAUGAUAGCGCAGACUCAUCCACUCCACUUAAUAAAAGUUUACCCUUGCUUCAAAGAGUUCGACUUUUAGGAGCUCAAGAGAAAAAAUCUGAAAUGAUGGGAUCAACAAGUGUCCAGGAUGAGACCAAAACAGAAAAUAUUCAUAAAAAAGAAGAUAUUGGAAGAAAAAGAUCGUCUUCACCUAAAAAAGAACAUGAGCUUACAGUAAAACAAGAGCAACAGCCAUCAUCUCCCAAAUCUAAAAGCAAUCCUUUCUCAAUGCUAACAUCGGUCAUUCCCAAGGGAUCGACAUCUCCCAAAUCGCCCAAGAAAUCUCCCAAAAAGGAAGGAUCGCCUGAUGGAAAGAAAUCUCCCGUGGCCCUUAAAAGCAGAUUACCGGAAACUUCCUCCGAAUUGCCACUUUUGAAGAAGGUGCUACUUCGAAAAGUGAUGGACGAAAAGAAGGCUGAAGAUUCUCAAGCAGAAAACCAAGGAGCUUCUUCCAAUCAGCAAUUUCUUUCAAAUGAAGAUAUUAAGAACGAUAAUGCCGAUGUUUCUCAGGAAACUGUUUCGAAUCGAGUUUAUCUGGAACAAUUCUCCCGAACUCUUGGCUUCAAAAUGAGUGAAGAUGUUGUGCCUCCAACUAAAACACAACCCAGGCAACGUCUCAAUGCUUCUUCACUAACACCCUCUCCUUCGAGCGAAAAUGUCAUCUCUUCAAGUUCCGAACAAAACCAAGAAGAGCAAGAAAAAGAAGAGAAAAAAGCAGCUAAAUCAACCUCACCCCCGAAAGGGCGCUUGAGCCGCAUGAUGGCUGUUCGAGAGGACUCGGAUGAAAACUCAGUCCUGGCAGAGGACCCCUUCGUCAAAAGCACUGAGUGUCAAACCGAGAUAAUCGGAUCUGCUUUGGAGCACAUAAAUAUACCAGCAACAAGCACAAACGAAUCAGAAUCAGACCAGGCAUUAAGAAGCUACUUGACCAAAAUGGUCACCGAGCUGCAAACUGUGAUAAAGGCAUACUCGGAAACUCAGCCUUGGGAGUCUUUUGAAGAAGUGUCCAGCUUAGGAGCAUCCUCUAUCUCAGUCUCGGAAAUUAAAGAAGACUUACACGGAUCAAGAAAAGAAUCUGAACCUUUAGAAGACUAUGAAAUUCCACCAGAUGGUGAAGAAAGAGAUCUAGAAGACGAAGAAGUAUUAGCUCUUAGGGAUCGAUUAAGAUUCCAGCGGAAAUCUUGGCCCACUCAAGUUAGCAUUCGUAGAAAACUUGAACCCAAAAGCAUGUCUCUCGACGAUGAAACACAGGAUCCAACAGCUGAAGAGCAGGAAGAAUUAUGGCGUUUGGAGUUUCCACCGCCUCCACCAGAUAUGGAAGAAGCCCCUUGGCUAAAUGUUUCAAAGCCCAUCUUUCCAGUAGUAGCAGAAAGUCUUAUAGACACAGUAAAUCCUUCCGAAGAAGACCUGCAAGAAAUAAACAAAGAUACACAAAAAAAUACUAAUGAUUGGGAAGUACAGAUGUUAGUACAACAAUUUGAAGAAAACGUUCUCUUACAAAGCGGAAGCAACAGCAGACGUCAUUCUAGUGGUGAAGCUCUUACCUGGGAUAAAGUACUGCGCAUGCGAAAUACAGUACAGACUAAGAAUCAAACUUCUGAACUCGGCGAUCCUCGCUCAGGUCGAAAAUAUAGUCUCAUUGAAGAAAGUUCGUCCAAAACCAUUGGUGCAGUGCGCGAAUGGGCUGCUGCUGGGAUGUCGUCCAAUGUGCCCCAUUCCUCUUCAUAUACGAGCUUAAUAAAUCCGGAAAAUCGCCAAGGUACAAUAAUGACGGAGAAAAAUGACAAAACUGAUUAUGUUGCUCCCCCGGAGAAGAACGUAGGACUAUUUCACCAAAUCCCACCAAAAACCAGAAAAGGUAGCCUUCCUACUAUUCCAACAGCAAGUACGAUAUGUAAAGCCCGGUGUGUGAGUAUGGAAGAUGUCAAAACUCAUAAAAGUAGAGAAUGUCAUCAUGAAGCCUCUGUAUCGUCAAGUUGUUCUCAAGAAACGGUCGUCGAAAUGGAAAUUAAAUCGUCAACUUCUGAAGAUAUUCAUAAUUACGACAAGAUAAAGUUGGGUACACGAUCACCAUCUUCACCAAAUGUUGCUACAGAUAAAGAGUCACAUGUGGCACUUGAUUUCUCACGUCUUUCAGACUGGCCGUCAAGUCCAUGUCUUCCUACUAUUAGAGAAGAUGAUCAGACUUCUGGUACAGCAAACACGCCUUUAAAAACUUCACCUGGUCGAAGUGUCAGUCAUGAUUGUUUACCCAAGAAAGGAUCAUUACCUAUUGGGAAGCAUAGCUAUAGAGCGACUUCGCGUCCACAAGGCAAUCCAGAUUCCUUCCAUUCGUUAGAAACAAUCUGCGAUACGUCUGGUCAAACAAUGCAAAGAGACUGUGUGGUUCUGAACUUAGAUUCUCGAAGUCAUCACUACCAAGAAGUGACUCCGGAUAAUCAGUAUUAUUCUCACGUAAGAGCAGCGAACGUUCCUUCCAGGCCGCCUCUCAGCAGUGGAAUGCCCUUAAAAGACAAUUCUCGAUCAAUUUCGCAAGGUAGUGUUGUUAUAGCCAUACCUGAAUGUGAUCCCGUAUUGAGUCCUUAA